AUGACAGGUCAAAUUGAAAACCAACAAAAACACGAUAUGGACCAACCACAGCUAGGGCGUUUGAAAACCUACUUUACAGCCUUUGGAAACCGAACAAGAAUAAAGCGAUGUCUUCUAAAAAAGGCUUACAACAUCCUCCUGAUUGUUUUGGCAAUGACGGAUAUGAUACCGUUACCUAGAAUUUAUAUAUAUAUAAUGUCUUAUUCACGGUCAUUUGUUUCUUUAUUCCCAGGUGCUGUUAUCGUAGUUACACCGUGUUUUAUAGUACCGGUAGAUAAAUUCCCAUAUCCUACAGGUAUGACUGGAUUAAGCUUAUUCUGUCAUCUGAUUGACACAAAGUUCCUUAUCUUCACCAUGGGCAAAGCUUCUGUUCUAAUGGUGAUGUGCCUGGCAAUUGAGCGAUGGUUCGCGUCUGUUAAACCUCUACAGUACAGAAUACAGUUUUCGAGUAGACGUUUGGCGUGUUAUAUCACUACAAUUUGGAUUUCAAAUUGUGUCUUACAAUUGUACCGUCUGUCUCGGAGAAUUCCAAGCGAAGAUGGAUGUCGUUGGGCAGAGGAAACGCUUAGGCCAAUCAGCCUGAAAGCAAUGGUAAUAUCAUACGUGUUCGUCACAUUUGUUAUUCCAAGCUUUGUAACAUGGGUUUCCUUCCUCCAUAUUUGGAUAAGCGUGAGAAAAUCACCCGCAAUUAAUACAGCCAGCGGUAUCCAGACAAAAACUAGACUUUUACACAUGUGUGUUUUGACAGCACUCUUCUUAACACUGUGUUGGCUUCCAGAUCAACUGAACUAUAUCCUUAGUAUAUUUAAAGUGACGUCUCUAUCGAGUCCAAUAAGCGACUACUUUUUGGUUUUGGCUUUGUCGAACUCGUGUAUAAAUCCAUGGAUAUACUGUUUGGCAAACGAGGAGUUUCGCAAAGAAUUUCGAAAAUUGUUUUCCUUUAGAAUUUGCUGCAGCGCCAAGAUUCCUUUCAAAAGUUCCUCGUACUGCUUGAGGAGCAAAGAUAUCGUGAAAGACUUAGAAAUGGUUUUAGAUAACACCGUUUGAUUAUCCCAAUUUAGCGCACUCAAAUUUCAUUUCUUAGCGUCUGUACACCACUUACUUGCUCUGCUAUUUGACGUUGCUUUCUACUUUUCAUCUUCGCCCUGGAUUAAUGACUAGAUUAUUGGUUCGAAGAACAUGUACCUCGUUAAAUUAUGAAGAAGGCGGGAGGCUUGAUUUAUCUUACUGUUAUGUAACAGUCUUAAGACGCUCUUUUUCUUUGUGAAUUUCCCAUGAAGUGUAAUUCUUAUUUCAUCUGUGGGUCCCUUACAGUUUUGA